AUGGCUCUGAACUUGUGGCUCCGUUGCGAGACGAAAGAGUUCGAGCACCGCUCGGCUCUCACGCCCACCACCGCCAAGCAGCUCAUCGACUCGGGCAGGUUCUCCGUCACCGUCGAGCGGGACCCUCAGCGCAUCUUUGACGAUGAGGAGUUUGAGCGCGUCGGAUGCAAGCUCGUCGAGCACAACUCGUGGCCGUCCGCUCCGCUCUCGUCGCCUAUCAUCGGCUUGAAGGAGCUCCCGCCGAACGACACCUCGCCCCUGCCGCACACGCACAUCAUGUUCGCUCACUGCUACAAGCAGCAGGGCGGCUGGGUCGACGUCAUCUCGCGGUGGGAGGCGGGACAGCCGACGGGGAUGUUGUACGACCUCGAGUUCCUCCAGGACGAAAAGGGCCGCCGCGUCGCCGCGUUCGGGUACCACGCAGGAUUCGCCGGUGCAGCAGUCGGCCUCCUCGCGCUCGCCAAGCAGGUCUCGAGCGAGGGCGAGAAGGAGCGUCUCGGCGAGAUCAAGCCCUACCCGAACGAGGGCGAGUUGAUCAAGUUCGUCAAGGGCCAGAUGGCGGUCAUCGAGAAGCAACUCGGACGCAAGCCUCGUGCGCUCGUCAUCGGCGCACUCGGACGGUGCGGUCGGGGAGCGGUCGACUUCUUCAAGGCGGCCGGGUUCGAGGACGACAACAUCGCCAAGUGGGACAUGGCAGAGACGGCCAAGGGCGGUCCCUUCCAGGAGAUCCUUGACGCCGACGUCUUCGUCAACUGCAUCUACCUCACCUCCAAGAUUCCCUCGUUCAUCUCGCCUGAAUCCAUCGCCGCUGCUGGUGACAAGCGUCAACUGCGUGUCGUCGUUGACGUCUCGUGCGACACGACCAACCCGAACAACCCUAUUCCCAUCUACUCCAUCAAUACCACCUUUGACAAGCCCACCGUCGACGUUGACGGCAUCACCACCGGCCCUCCCAUGACGGUCGUCUCGAUCGACCACCUCCCCACGCUCCUCCCGCGCGAAGCCUCCGAAGCCUUCUCGACCGACCUCCUCCCCUCGCUCCUCACCCUCCCCGAAGCUAUCGCCGAGCGCCAGCCGCGCCAGGGCAAGCCCGUCACAGCUGCGGAUGUUGGAAACGGUCCGGAGCGCGUGUGGAAGCAGUCGGAGGAGCUGUUCUGGCGCGUGUUGGCGCAGGCGCAGGCGGAGAAGAAGCAGUGA